UUCAGCCAUGCAUAUGUUGGGCCAGAUUAUAGCUUUGAAAAAAAUAUUGGGAAAAUUUCGUUACAACAGAUAGAUGCACUUUCGGUGAAAUCGUUUCCUCCCUGCAUGCGCCAGCUGCACAAAGCUCUGCGCGAUAACCAUCACCUCCGCCAUGGAGGCCGUAUGCAGUAUGGCUUGUUUCUGAAAGGCAUUGGUUUGACAUUGGAACAAGCUUUACAGUUCUGGAAAUCGGAAUUUAUCAAAGGAAAAAUAGAUGCAGACAAGUUUGACAAAGGAUAUGCAUACAACCUCCGGCACAACUAUGGGAAAGAAGGCAAGAGAACGGAUUAUACUCCAUUCAGCUGCAUGAAAAUUAUCAUGUCCAAUCCACCAGGCCAAGGGGAUUAUCAUGGGUGCCCAUUCCGCCACAGCGAUCCUGAGCUCCUGAAGCAGAAGCUACAGUCAUAUAAAAUCCCUCCCACUGGGAUCAGUCAGAUUUUGGACCUGGUGAAAGGUAUGCAUUACCAGCUGGCCUGUCAGAAAUACUUUGAACUGACCCAUGAUGUCACUGACAUUGGAUUUUCUUUGAACCACCCAAAUCAGUAUUUUGUGGAGAGUCAACAGCUGCUUGGUGGCGGGAAGGAAAUGAGAAAAGAACAAAGGCAACUUGAAAACUCCGACCCAAAGCACACCAGCCAACAGAGUUCAGAAGCAACCCCCACUUCCUCUUCUGUGUGUGCAACAGAGGAAAUGGAACUGGAUGGGCUGGAGGAUUACUUUACUGAAGAUUAGGGAAUAACUUUUCUCCACCCCAUUUACGUUUGCUGACCCUCUCUGGAUGUUCUCUUUCAAAUCAAGAGUCACUAUCAUGGUAAACAUAGGCCUAAUAUGCGAAUAGCAACUUGUGAAUUGGUUUCGCAAAGCAUCCAUCCCAUAAGACAUGGAAACUCACAUAAAUUUUUGGGGUGAUACAUGGUUUGAAUGACUUUUUAAAAUUUCUGUGGGGAAAUGUUCUCCUGCUCUGUGCUCCCAGCUAUGCCAUCCCUUGGCUCCAGCCUCUGAUUAUUUUUCUCAAUAAAACCUAUUCAAAAUUAUA